GAAAUCCACUCCCCUAGCCCCACCCCCGGAUCUCCGGCUUCCGGGAGCCGGGCUGGACGGUCACCUGUGCUGAGCAUCCCAGGCCCCAACCUUCCCUGGACAGCUGGACCCUCUCUCCCUGCGAGAGCCGAGAACGUUUUCUUCCUUGCCCUUGGGAGAAGAGCCUCUGGCUGAAUGGCAGCUGUAGAUGAUGCGCAGUUUGAAGAAUUUGGCGAUGGAGCUACAUUGCUGGCAACAAACCCAGAUGCUACCACAAUAAACAUUGAGGACCCCAGCGACUCUUCCAAACACCAGCCGAGAUCCCCAGGAAGCUCAGGGAGAGAAGAGGAUGAUGAGCUGCUGGGAAACAAUGACUCUGACGAGACUCAGUUACUUGCUGGUCAGAAGAAAAGCUCCCCCUUCUGGACAUUUGAAUACUAUCAGACGUUCUUUGACGUGGACACUUACCAGGUCUUUGACAGAAUAAAAGGGUCCCUGCUGCCAGUUCCGGGGAAGAACUUUGUGAGGUUGUACGUCCGCAGCAAUCCAGAUCUCUAUGGCCCCUUUUGGAUAUGCGCCACGUUGGUCUUUGCCAUAGCAAUUAGUGGGAACCUUUCCAACUUCUUAAUCCACCUGGGAGAGAAGACAUACCACUAUGUGCCAGAAUUCCACAAAGUGUCCAUAGCGGCGACCGUCAUCUACGCCUACGCCUGGCUCGUUCCUCUGGCUCUCUGGGGCUUCCUCGUGUGGAGAAACAGCAAAGUGAUGAACAUCGUUUCCUACUCGUUUCUGGAGAUUGUGUGCGUCUACGGCUACUCGCUCUUCAUUUAUAUUCCCACAGCAGUACUAUGGAUCAUUCCCCAGAGAGCUGUUCGCUGGGUCCUGGUCAUGAUUGCCCUGGGCAUCUCAGGGUCUGUGUUGGCAAUGACCUUCUGGCCAGCUGUUCGAGAGGAUAACCGGCGCGUCGCCUUGGCCACCAUUGUGACAAUUGUGUUGCUUCACGUGCUGCUGUCUGUGGGCUGCUUGGCUUACUUCUUUGAUGCGCCAGAGAUGGACCAUCUCCCAGCAACUACAACUACAGCCACUCUCAACCAGACAGCAGCAGCAGCCAAAUCCAGCUAACAGGGAGAGCUGUGCGACAUUUUCAAUUUGUGUGGUACGUCACAGAU